UCUUCUGCAGACAAACCUGGGAAGUCGGAGACGGUGGAAGAGGAAAUUGAUAUCGACCUCAACGCCCCAGAGACAGAAAAGGCAGCCCUGGCCAUCCAGAACAAGUUUCGCCGCUUCCAGAAAAAGAAACCAAACCCAAGCUCGUGA